AUGCCAAAUAAAGAUAGUUCAGUACCUUCGUCUCCGUUGAGUCAACAACAUUCUCAACCUAUGUCAAAUUAUUAUUAUCAUCAUCCAUAUUAUCACUUAGCUUUCAACGAUUCUGAUUCAAUACCUGAUGAACAACGUUUAAUGGCUCAAUUAUUAAGAAAUUAUGAUCCAUCUGCACGACCUGUAUAUAAUGCAUCGGAUACUGUUAGUGUUUCAUUUGGUAUUGCUUUGACUCAACUAAGUGAUAUGGAUGAAAAAAAUCAAGUAUUAACUACAAAUAUAUGGCUUGAACAGGAAUGGUUUGAUCAACGUUUAGUAUGGAAUGCAUCAGAAUUCAAUGGUUUAACAACUCUUCGAUUACCAUGUUCAAAAAUUUGGUUACCUGAUAUUGUUUUAUAUAAUUCAGCUGAUGAUUAUACACAAGGUUAUUAUCAAAGUAAAGCUAUGGUUGAUAGUAAUGGACAUGUUUUUUGGCCACCACCAGCUAAAUUUCGAUCAUCAUGCAAAAUUGAUGUUACUUUUUUUCCAUUUGAUGAUCAAUUAUGUAAAUUAAAAUUUGGUUCAUGGAUAUAUGAUGCAGCUCAAGUCAAUUUAACAAAACGACGUGAUAAUGUUGAUAUGACAAAUUAUAUUCGAUCGGGUGAAUGGCAUAUUCUUAAUAUUGCUAUUAAACGUCAUGAUGUUACUUAUCCAUGUUGUCCAGGAAUAUAUUAUCCUGAUGUAACUAUAUAUGUUCAUAUUCGUCGUCGUAUUCUAUAUUAUUUAUUUAAUAUUAUAUUUCCUUGUAUAUGGCUUUCAAUUCUUUCACUUCUUGGUUUUUGUCUUCCACCAGAUUCGGGAGAAAAAAUAACACUUGGUAUAACUGUUCUUUUAGCUUUUUCUGUUUUUAUGUUAUUAAUUGCUGAAUCAAUGCCAGCAACAAGUGAAAUGGUACCACUUAUUGAAAUAUAUUUAACAAUUGUUAUGGCACUUACAUCAUUAUCAAUUGUUCUUACUGUUUAUGUACUUCAAUUACAUCAUUCAGGUCCUGUUGUUAUUCCAGUUCCACGUUCAUUUAAAUAUACAUUAGUUAGACGUAUAGCACCUAUUAUUGGAAUGAAAAAAAUUGUUGAAAUUUAUGCACGAGAACAUAAUUUAACUGAAAAAGAUAAUGUCUAUCGAUGUUUUGCUCAAACAACAACAGCAACAACAACAACAACAACAACAACACAACCAACAGAUAGUCCAAUAAUCAAACAUAAAAGCAAAAGAAUUAAUUAUGAAAAAAAGAAAACAAAACAUCAACAAAAGAUAAAUCAUCAAAAAGAAUCUCAACAUGAUGAAGAAGAUCUUAAUCAUAAUGAUGAUUAUAACAAUGAUGAAGAAGAAAUAACAAAAGAAUUUUUAACAAAUUUAUCAACAGGAAAUGGUGAUAUUCGUUCAUCAUCAUUAUCUACCAAACCUCAUCAUCAUCAUCAUUGUCGUUCACGUCGUAUUAUACCUCCAAUAGUUCUUAUUCCUCAACAAUCUCAUCCAUCCUCAACAUUAGCAUCAUCAUCAUCUGUUUUGACUAAUUCUCGUUCGCAUAACUUAUUUAAUUCGAAUAUGUAUUUACUUGAAAAACAUUUAAAAUAUGUAAUUAAUAAACAAAAACUUGAAGAAGAUCGAAAUGAAACAAUUAAUGAAUGGAAAUUAAUGGCACUUAUUAUGGAUCGAUUAUUAUUUUGGCUUUUUACAAUGUUUACUAUUUUAAGUACAGUUUUAUGUUUAAUUAUUAUACCACUUUUGAAAAAUACUGGAUAUAUACCAGUACUAUCAACAGAUUUAGCAACAGAAUACAAAGCAAUAACACCAGUGACAAGUGUCAUUGAUGGACAACUAACGAUAAAUCUUACUGGUCAAUCGACAGGAGAUAAAUAA